GUAAUGUGUAGAUUAGCCACUGGGAUAGAAAGGAAUAUUCUCCAAUUCCUCGCGUUUUCCAUUCGAAAUAUGCAACUUUUGUGAUUAUCUUUAGUUCUUAAUGAGUGAAAAAGACCCAGAGAUGACGUACAAUUGGUGGGAUUGUAGUGAAUUGAUAGAGAAGAUUGAGGAGGAUGCAGCAUUAGUGGUGAAAGCCAAAGACAUCUGUACAGAGUUGAUCAAGAAGACGUAUAGCAUCACUGAUCUGGUGGAAAAGCUGGGUCCACUGCUGACAUCUAAGAACACUUCCCAUCGUGCCCGGACGAUGGAUCUCUUUUCGGAGAUCCUCAAGAAUCUGCCCCGGAAUUUCCUGUCAGAUGUUCAGUUGAAGUUUAUCUUGACAUUUUAUGCUGACAGGACAAAGGACCAUCAUUCUGUGGUCCCUGCCAUCUUGGGGGGAACCCUUGCAAUGGCCCGGAUGGAGAGCGUUCCGGAAGAGGAGUUUGUGGGGUUAUUUAUGACUCUAAUCAGUGGUUCUGUUACCUGUCAGAGUCAGACACGGGGGGAUAGGGAAAUUUUCUAUGAGGUUAUUGAAUUCUGCUCUCGGACCUACCUGAACAGGUUAACUUUCACGAAGGAUGAAUUCCUGCAGGGAGUGAUUGCAGCAUUGGAAGGGGAAAGGGAUCCACGGAAUCUUCUCCGAAUCUUCACAUUCAUGCCAAAAGUGAUGGAGCUGUAUCCACUUGGGCACUGGACUGAGGAGAUGUUUGAAGUUUUUGCCUGCUACUUUCCUGUGGACUUUCAUCCUCCAGCCAAUGUUCCGAAUCCCAUCACGAGAGAUCAACUGGCUGAACGGCUGCUCACCUGUCUGACUGCCUGCAAGGAUUUUGUGGAAUUUGCCAUUCCGCUGGCUGUUGAAAAGCUCGAGAGUCAGAUCAAAGUGUCCAAACUCGAUUCCCUGCAGCUCCUGGCCAAAUGCGCAGCUCUGCACGGUGCUGAACCCUUUGAGGAAUCCUUCCCUAACAUCUGGCUGAGUCUCAAGGGGGAAGUUAUGCUAGGAGCCAAUGAAGAGGUCAUGGAAAAAGCUCUGGAAACCAUCCGGACGAUUUUUUCAGCUGCUGGAACCUCCAAGACUUUGACGGAAAACCUCCUGAAUGUGAUACUCCAUUCGGUAACCAUCUCCCUCUGCGAUACCAAUCUGCGGCUUUUCGCUCCAGCCUGCAAGGUUGUAGUAGCUUGCUGCAGCAGGAAUUCCCAUGCUUCCGUCUGCGCAGCUAAUAAACUCCUGCCGAUGUUCCUGGCGCAGAUCCUCGAAGAGGACACUACGGAUGUCCAAAAAAGGAUUCUGCUAAAGUUCCUCAGUGAGAUUGGAGGAAUCUGCCGUGAGGGCGGAGUUUUGGGAGAAAUUGACGCAGGAACGAGGGAAAAGAUCCAGGAAGUCUUCAAAGACUGCUUCAGCAACAAUGGAAAGUUCAAGGAAAUCGCUUUUGAAGGACUCAGUCAGCUGUCGGAAUUGCUGGAAGAGCCCCAACGUCAAGUAGUUUAUCAGAAUCUCCUGGACACUUUGCAAAGUGGAGCUGACAUUCGAGUGGAAUCUGUGGUCAGGAGAUUUGCUCAAAGUCACCAAGAGGAAUUGACUGAGAAAGUUGUGAUGAGUCUACUAUCUAAGGACUUCCUCAACCCAUCGAAUUCUGCAGGAAUAUUCCGGUGCGUCGUCUGUCUAAUAAGACUUUGGAAGUCUUCGGAGAUCCUCUACAGAUUCCUCCUGGACAGCGCGUUUGAAAAUCCCACUUCUGAAGUAAAACUGACAGCUUUGAAGAGCAUCCAGGAACUGCUGAAAGAAUCCGGAGAAAGGACAAUAUCCCAAGAAUUCGUUUCUACAUUCGGAAUCAUCGAGAAAAUCGUGAAAUUCCUGCGAGAACAACCAGAUCUUCCUACUGAAAUUCUCCUGACCACAUCGGACGUCCUUAAGCUCUGCGUCCGGACCCUCAAUCAAGAGCAACAAAGUGAGGUCCUUACGCAAUUCCUUCCAGAUUUAGCACCUCACAGAGGAAAUGAACUGUUCCUCUUUGACGGAUUGAUAGGUCAGCUUUGUCCAGAAGUUGACAUAUCAGCUCAUUUUCAUCAGAUCACCAAGGAUUUAAUCGAAUACGCUGUUGAAAUUUCCCGGGGAGAAGUCAGUUCCAGUGCCAAUCUGGAAGUUUGCAACAAACUCCUCUGCUCUCUGUUCAAUCGAUCUGUUCAGGAUUCUGUCUUCGAGGAGACCCUUUCUCAGUCAAUCAACUACCUAAACCGCCAGAUUGAAGUGAAUUCCCUGGGAAUUGUAACGUUCGCCUGGAUUUUCAAAGGAUUACUAGUGAAGGGACAUCGGAAAACCACUACCCUUAUCAAGGACUUUGUUACACAUCUCAAUGUGGAUCCCCUGAAAGACGACACAGUUGCAGGUUUCAGAGUCCUGGCCAAAUCCGCAGACGACGUCAACCUCCCCAAUGUGCGUCCCUUCCAUCAACAGAAACUCUUCGAACUCGUCCUCAAAAAUAUGGCUACAGAAGUCAAAUAUACCCCAUCGCAACUGGCAGCUCUGGCAGAGAUCCUUUUGCAUCUCCCCAUGAAGGUUAUCACGAUAAAUCUUCCGAGAAUUGGACAGAUUCUCUUCCAGUGUCUCGAAUGUGAGAACAAUCAAACCCUCCUGAUCACUCUAACCCUCAUCAAUCGUCUACUUAAAGAAGAAAGUAACUUCUGUCGAAACCACCUGCAAACUCUCAUUCCACGAUGCCUCCAACUGAGCACCUUGAAGGGAUCACUUAAAAUCCGACUUUCAGCCCUGGAUUUUCUCUUCAGCAUCACCAAGACCUUGGAUACGGUCCUCCUGAUACCCUUCAAACAGGACGUAAUUUACGGUCUUCAAAACGUCCUGGAUGACCACAAGAGACUGGUGAGAACAGCAGCUGUUAGGGCUAGAACUGCCUGGUUUGUCUUCGAUGCGACUUCAAAGACAAACUAAUUUGCAGGUAGGAAGUGUAAAGUACGUAAAAUGUUGUUAAACAUGUGACAAGAAAUAUACUUAAAUUGAUUUUAUGGAAA